CUUUCUUUUUUUUGUGUUACCUUCCUUGUUUUUUUGUUAGCACAUAGCGUUUUUCCCUCUUUUGAAUUUCACUACUCUAAUUGACCAGUUCUUUUUAUUUUUUUGUUGCAAUUUAAUUAUUUUAUUGUUGCCAUUCUUUCAUUCUGUUCAAUUCAGCUAAACUGUGCCUUUCCCCUCUCUUUCUCCUCCCCCUCACUCUCCCCUCACUCUCCCCCUCACUCACUCACUCUCCUUUAUUCUUUCUCGCACACGCAUCAAAUAAAAAACACGGCCUUCCAUUCUGCGCAAUUUUUUUUGGGAUACUCUUCUCCAGAAUUUUCUUAUAUCUACCGGGAAAAUAUAUAAAGAUUAAAGCUGCGCCAUGCGGUAUGGUGACUUUGCCAGUCUGUGCGAGCGUUCGCCACUUCCAGUCUGCCGAGUCUUUGGAGACGCCGUUCUGCCGACUUGUUUCCCUAAGAGUUAUUCGAUUGGCGAAUCUCGCCUAGUCAAUAUUCCUGACUUUGCCAUGUCUAUCAUUGCGUUUUUGUUGAUGGUCUACAUGGGCUUCAAAGCUAAUCGCAAGCUGGCCGCUGUUGGUCGGCGAGAAAUGGCUCUGCUUCUGUCGCUGUUCUGCAUCACCCUGGCUCUCAACCUUGCGGGUGCUGAUUUUAUUUUUGCAUCGUCAAAGGCAAACAAGUGGCUCGGAGUUGCAAACACUGCGCUUGAAGUGUCGUUUUUUUGGGCGUUGAUGCUGUUUGGUUUUGUUGAUACCGCGUUCGGAAUCUCGGGCGGCCUAAAGCCCCCAGCAUCCGAUCCGCUGUACUCGCCCGGACUCUUCACUGUGUACCUCGUUUUCCCAUUGGUCGCUAUCUUUAUCUACCUGGUCACGCAGUGCAUCAUUGUUGUCAAGUUCUUGGCAGUGCGCCUUCCGAUGAUUUGGCUGCUGUGCUCGAUCGUGUGCUUUGCCACAGCUCAGAUCCUGCUGUUUGUCGCGAGCAAGAAGAUUUGCACAGGGUCGGACAACCGGAUCGAUGGCGCGUUCUUUGCCACCCUACUUAACACUUCCUCGGUGUUCUGCAUCUAUGGAUUCUGGUCGUCGAUCACUGGUGAUGAUAGCGAGGAAUAUGCUGGCAUGUACAAGUUCUGA